CCCUCUACACAUUUUUAUAUAUAUAAAAAAUCUCCAUCAUGCCUUCCCCGCCAAAGCCUUGGGAAGUCAAUAAUGCCAAUAGUGGAACUGCCGUGGUGAACCCGUCCAAUACCAUCACGACAGCUUCGAAUGUGCCAGAUGUACCUGCUCGAUCCUCAAUAAACGAUUCACUCACUACUCCCACCAGACCUGCUACAGGUUACGGCUCAACAGGUUAUGGCUCAACAGGUUAUGGCUCUACCGGCUAUGGCUCAACAGGUUAUGGCUCUACGGGCUAUGGCUCUACCGGCUAUGGCUCUAGCGGGUAUGGCACUACAGCCUAUGGAUCCUCAGGAUAUGGAGGCUAUGGUGGUAUGGCCUCACGCUAUGGUGGAUAUGGUGGUGGAUACGGUGGUGGAUAUGGUGGUGGAUAUGGUAGCAGUUACGGCGGCAGUUACGGUGGCAUGAAUCGAUAUGGAGGAGGAGGAUUCGGUCGUAUGGGUGGACCUGGCGGCCCCGACGAAAUGGGACUUACACAACGUAUGGAAAUGGGCACACGAUCGACGUUUGAAGUAAUUGAGAACAUUGUGGGAUCUUUUGGCGGAUUUGCACAAAUGUUGGAAUCGACGUUUAUGGCGACCCAUUCCAGUUUUAUGGCCAUGGUGGGAGUGGCCGAACAAUUAGGGUCACUUAAGAAUUAUCUGGGCCAAGUGUUUAGUAUCCUUGCCAUUUACCGUCUUGUGCGAAAGGUGAUGGCUAAAGUGACGGGCCGUCUACCUCCAGGAAAACCCAUGGAGAUGAAUGUGAUGGAAUUCCAACAGUUUGAACAACAAGCCAAAGCACCCAAGAUGUCUCGUAAACCACUCAUCAUCUUUAUGCUGAUGGUAGUGGGUCUUCCUUACAUGAUGCAUAAAUUAAUCAAAUUGAUCGCCUCCAGUCAAAAGCUCCAACAACAACAGCUUGCUUUAAAUAACCCCAAUGCCGUAGCUGCCGCUAGUGGGAUCGAUCCAGCCAAACUUGAAUUCGCCCGUGCUGUUUAUGAUUUUGCUUCCGAAUCACCUUCUGAACUCACGUUAAAGAAGGGUGAUAUUGUGGCUAUCAUUUCCAAGACAGACCCAACCACCAAUGCAGUCAGUCAAUGGUGGCGUGGACGUCUUCGUGAUGGUACGAUGGGUAUGUUUCCUGCUAACUAUGUCGAAAUCAUUCAAAAGCAACCAAACAAUACUGUAGAAGAGGCAACGGUUGCUUUAAAGGCCAUUGAGGAACCCAAAAAGCUUGUCUAAACCCCCCCCCAAUCUCCCUUUUACCAAAUUAUAUUUAUUAUUAUUAUUCCCCCUCCCCUUCACCCCCUUCUUUCUUAUUAUUCAUUUAAUUUGACGUAACACCUUAUUUGUAUUAUACUCAACCCCUCUUUUUCUUAUUAAAUAUACAUAAAUUACCUUUUUUUCUCUCUC